AUGCCUUCACCGUCCCGCUUCCCCGUGAAGAGGAGAAAAGUGAAACCAUAUGCUUUGCAAAGAGAAGGCCGGCCAGCCAGCGAGGCCGGCUGGAGGAGAGCAGCAUGGGGCGGCGGCGGCCUGCAGCCGGGCCAACAGGAAGCGGUGCCCAGCGGUGGCCCCACCACCAGACAGCGGCGGCCGGAUGACAGAUGCGCCCCUGCACAUCCCAGAGGCCACAUUCUGUGCCCUCCCGGCCACCAGAUCCCGGGAUGGCUGCAGGGGCACCACAAUUAG